CAACGACAUCUUAAAAGACAAAUCGCCAAGGACACAGACCCUGCGAUAUUCUGCACAACACAACUCUAUCAAAUUUUGUGGCUCUUUACUAUUUCCAACUCUACUCUACCUUUGCUAUCUACCGAAAUUGCGUUUUAAUCCUGUGCAGCCAAAUCACAACGGUGAAACCCAAAUUUUAUCGUCAAAGCUGCCCUCUAAAACAUUGUCAGAACGGUGGGGACAAUCCCCUGCCGCCGGCAACUUGCCACCCGCGCACUCGACGAUGGCCGAAGUACAAGUGCAAGCCCAAUCAGGUCAACCUUCAUCGAGCAGUCAGUCUCAAACUCAGAGGGGGUCUAGGCAACGCAGAGGUCCUCGUCGGGGUAGAGGUCGAGGAGGUCAAACUGCAGUAGCGGGAGCCGAUGCGGGACAGGGAAACCAUCAAAACCCACGCAAUAAUGCUCCUGCGCACGUGACAUCAUACAACAACGCAUCGACGACAAAUAAUAAUAGAUCGCCGAAUAACAACAACAACAACAACAGCCCACAUACGAAUCUUCAGGAUGGAAACGGACGUCAGAAUGCGACACCAUCCGUGAGUUCCCGGGGUGCUUCCCGAGGGGGCCGUGGAGCCCGUGGCGGACGUGGUGGCCGAGGGGGACAGGCACAGAGCCAGCGAGGGGGUGGGGGUAGGGGUGGGCGAGGAGGCUCUACAAUGCCGUCAAGGCGAGUUUUUGGUGGUCAUUUGACAGAGUCGCAGGAUGGUCAAGCUCCAGGCUCGGCGGGCCUAAGUGGUGAUGCCCCGGAGUUCGUACCUGGUCAUGCUCCCCCGCAAGGAAGGUCUCAGCCUAAACAGCCGCCACCUCCGGCUGUGUUGCCUGCCAAAUCCUCGGCGCCAGACUUGCCGACCCGCAUCCAUGAAGAUAUCAACAACCGACAAUAUGACUGUGUCAUUUGCAUGACCGAGAUUCUUCGAUCAUCAAGGGUAUGGUCCUGCUCCAUUUGUUGGACAGUCAUUCACCUCCAUUGCGUGAAGAAGUGGCAUCAAAACCAAACUGCCAAAGCAGAUCAGAAUCAGGACCCGAGCAAGAUUCCCUCGUGGCGGUGCCCUGGGUGCAAUUCUAGCCACGAGGAUCCGCCAGGCUCCUACCACUGCUGGUGUGGCAAAGAUGUCAACCCGUCCUCGGUCCCUAGCUUGCCGGCUCAUUCCUGCGGGCAGACAUGUUCGAGGCCAAGGCCGACAUGUCCACACCCGUGUGGUUUGCAGUGUCACGCUGGACCAUGUCCACCAUGUGGGCUCAUGGGACCAUCAAGGCCAUGCUUUUGCGGCAAGCAUGAAACUUCGAAACGGUGUACCGAGACCGACUACUCCAAAGGUUGGAGCUGCAACGAGAUUUGCGGCGAUUACUUGCCCUGCGGUGAGCAUCAGUGCGAGCAGCCUUGCCAUGAAGGGCUCUGUGGAAGCUGUGAGCUUCUGAUAGACAGCGUUUGCUACUGCGGCAAAACUCGGAAGGAAAUCCCUUGUUCGCAACGGGAGGAGAUUAUUCAAUCUUUUAAUCACGGUCAGCUCAAGGAUCAGGAGGAGACAGAUAAAGAUACUUGGUUUGAGGGAUCAUUCAAGUGCUCUUCGACAUGUGAGCGCCCUUAUGACUGUGGCCAUCACACGUGCGAGCUUGAAUGUCAUCCUCAGGACGCAGAGGCACCCCACUGUCCAUUAUCUCCGGAUGUGGUACUCCACUGCCCAUGUGGCAAAACGGAAUUGAGUGAAAUACUUCCUCGGCCUCGACAGUCCUGUCAGGACCCGAUACCUUCAUGCAAAAUGAUGUGCGAAAAGGUCCUGCCAUGUGGUCACACAUGCUUGGAACAAUGCGGUCCGGGAUCAUGCGGCCCUUGCACGCAAACAGUGGAGUUGCCGUGCCGGUGCGGACGAACAACUACGGAGAUGCUGUGCCACGAGGCAGAGAAAGAGGCCGGGUUCUUGGAGUGCGAGCGGACUUGCCGGACUCAAAUGAGCUGUGGGCGGCACGAGUGUGGGAAACAGUGUUGUUCUGGCGAGAAGAGGGCAUCUGAAAGGCUGGCCGCGAAGAGGAAGAAUAAAACGAGCAACAACUCAGCGACUCAGGAAGACUUUGAGGCGGAACAUGUGUGCUUGCGGACAUGCGGUCGACAGCUCAAGUGCGGCACUCACACAUGUGCUCAGCUUUGUCACCGCGGUCCCUGCCCGUCAUGCUUGGAGGCAAUCUUCUCCGAGAUAACCUGCAAUUGUGGACGGACGGUGCUCUAUCCUCCUCAGCCGUGUGGAACACGUCCUCCCGAUUGUAGAUUCGAAUGCACUCGGCCAACAGGAUGCGGCCAUGCGCGCGUCCCUCACAACUGUCAUGGGGACGAUGACUCUUGUCCCAAGUGUCCUUUCCUAGUUGACAGGCCCUGUCUCUGCGGUAAGCAGAUACUGAAGAACCAGCCGUGUUGGUUCGAAGAGGUCCGCUGUGGCUUGGUCUGCGGUAAGACGUUGGCCUGUGGCCAUCGGUGUAGUCUACCCUGUCAUCGGCCCGGACAAUGUGAAACGGCGGACACGGCGAGGACCAACUGUUCGCAAAAGUGCGGCAAGCCACGGAAGAACUGUGAGCAUGUCUGUUUGCAACAGUGUCACUACCCUGCGGUUUGCAAUGAGGACAAGCCCUGCCAGUCCAAGAUAUUCGUUACUUGUGAAUGCCAAAAUCGCAAAAAGGAGGUUUUGUGCCUGGCGACACUCUACGAGCAGCAACCCCGCGAACCACUCACAUGCGACGACGAAUGUCUACGGCUCAAGAGGAACCGACGCCUGGCAGACGCGCUCAACAUAGAUCCAGACAGCCACUCGGACGACCACAUACCGUACUCGGAGACGACGCUUAAACUGUUCCGCGAGAAUGUCGGCUGGGCCCAGACUCAGGAACGCGAGUUCCGCGUCUUUGCCUCAGAUGCGGCCGAGAAGCGCCUUCGUUUCAAGCCUAUGAAGCCCAACCAGCGCGCAUUCUUGCACGCCCUGGCUGAGGACUACGGUUUCGACAGCGAGAGCCAGGACCCAGAGCCGCACCGACACGUCUCCAUCUUCAAGACGCCCCGGUUCGUCUCGGCACCGCGCAAGACGCUCGGCCAGUGCGUCAACAUGCUCAAGAUUGCUGCCGAGGCCGAGGCGGUUGCCAGGAGCAGCGCGGCGCAGCAGCAGGCCAAGACGACGGCUCUCCAGCCCUUCAACGCCUUCGUCCUGUCCAAGUUGACCUUUGGACUUACCAUUGACGAGGUGGACAAGGCGUUGGCGGCCGACUUGUCCAGCAGCAACACCAUGUCGCUGACGUUUUCUACCACGUUCCUCCCAGCGACGGACGAGGUGCUGGUCGUGGCCAAGCCGCCGCCCGCCACUGCAGCCAACAUCACCCGCUCUGGAGUUGCGACCACACCCGUAGCCGUCGAGAAUGCACUCACAUCCCUGAAGCCUGCCGUCUCCAAGACCAUGACGAAGACUGGCCUAGCCGGCAAUGUGAGCCUCUGUCACGUGGACCCGACCGGCAUCGUAGUACGACGGGAGGGCCACGGCUCGGGCGGUGGGCCCGAUGCCAGUGGAUGGAGCGCCGUUGCCGGGCGGGCUGCAGCUCGUCCGCGCACGGUUGCUCCUCCGCCCGCGAAAAAGCCCGGUAGUGUCUUCCUGGCUCUGGGCAGGAAGAAGCCAGCAGCCCCGGAGGCGCCCAAGGCGAAGAAGCCCGAGCCCGAGCCGGUCGAGGAUGACUGGGAGGCUGCAGUUGACAAGAUGGAGGAGCCGACUGAGGAGGCGGAAGCCUCGUGAUCGGCGUAUUCAAACGAAAUACUAUCAGGAUAGACUUUUUGGUGCAUUUUUUUGUAUUUGGAGUUACGUUCAGGAUGAGCUUUGAAAAGGGAUAGAGUUAGAAGGCAUUUUGGUGCCCAAAAUGUUGAUAUUCAGCGUACUAGAAAUAUGAGAGCCAUCCAUGAGGUUUGGAGUUUUAAAAAGAUUGCUAGCGCCGUACUCCUAAACCCACAAACAUGUGCUACUCCCAAUAUAAAAUAAACAAACAAACCUAAC